AUGAACGGAAAAGGAUCACUUUCCGCCACCAACCUUGCGGGUUAUCACCAUUACAACUGUGACCUUUUCAUCUACAAUACUUAUAACGGGAUUGAAGAUCCUCGAAUUCCUCUUCAUCAUCUGGUCUACGAGUCAACGUCAACGACACUGGAUGGAGCCCAGUUCAAGCGAGGUCUAGACUGGGAAGCCCAUCUAUUAUCAUGGCUUGACGAGGAGAAUCUUCUCUUGACGGUCCCAUCGUACCCUUUGAAAGGCGAAGAUUUCGUUGAGAACAUUCUUGCUGACGAACGAAAUCAUUUCUUCGUCGCCGGUAUCUCUUUCGUACCUCCACAGGAGCAUUUCGAUGAGAUCUAUCGGAAAGCAGGCUUGGAGCCGGUUAAAUUUGGACUCGCAAAACCAGACCUUGUAGAAAUCACGCGUUUAGAGGACGGUGUGAUGUGGAAGGUCAUUGACGCUAAAGCAUCCAGAGCGGUGAAGACUUCUCAUCAUGUUCAGAUAUACUUUUAUACUCUAUGUCUAAACUAUCUCCUUCCCCACUCCUUCUUUCGGGCGACCAACGCUGCAGCUGUCUGGCUACCUCCCGAAGAUGGCUUCGAUACUAAUCCUCCCUCUUUCGAUGAUCUCAAAACAGUCGAGAUCUCGUUACUUUCCUUCCCAUUAGACGACUUCUUGUUCCGUCGCCUACCCGCAAUCCUAUCUAUCCCACGAAAAGAUGUAUUCUGGCAUUAUAAUGCACUUUGUCAUGGAUGUCCUUUUUCCAAAGAUUGUCAACAGAAAGCCGUUGAAGAGGGAGAGAUUGGGAGCAUGAGUAACAUCUCUAUACCUGAGGCGAAGCUUUUGCGUAAUCUAUUGCAAAUAUGGCAAGAUACGGGGGUUUCUCAUCCUCGAGGGGAAACCGAUAUUGAAGAUCUAGCACUUCUACUUGAAGAUCGUAAAGGAAUGCAAAGAAUAGGUAGUUCAUAUCCAGUCACCCUGCGCAAAGCAAAACGUAUCCUUGCUCUGCCUCCUAGAACCAGGAAGGCGUCAAAGGCAACUGCUGCAAGUCCUAUACUUCAAGCUGCGAGAACUGACAAGAUUCAGAUAAUCCCGCGUAGAAACUUCACUUGUCCAAAGACUGAGGAUAUCGCGGCGGUACUCUCAUUACUUUUAGAUCCCUCUGCGCCAAGCGGUGCCUCGAGUAUCGUAUCGUUUUCCAUAUCCACUUUCACUUCUGUUCCACUAAGAGGAAAAAUCCCUCGUACUGUACACGGUGAUCGUACCGACCUAAUCCCGUCCCUCGCAUACAUCAUCGAUUCGAUUCUCACUCUCAACUGUUCCCUACAAAAGCCUCCUCGCACGCAAUUCUACGUAUUUUCCUCCGCAGAACACUCUGCCCUGCAAACCCACUUCAUCGAUGCAGCUCUCAACUCGUCUUAUCCGACACAAGAUAUCCGCGUCUGUAUUGGUGCACUCUCCCAAGGGGCGUCACUUUUACAAACAACGUUUCAACCUAUACUCCUUUCCGGAGUGCUCCUCGAAUUCCUUAUCAAAGGUCGACGAAGGAAACAUGAUUUUCAGGUCAUUUUGGAAAGGAUGAAUCCGACAGAGUCAACAGAGGGAACUCUUGAGGAAUUGAAGCAGCGGGUCAAAGAACAAAUACAAAGACUCCAGAACGAUGAUUAUCGGAAAGCCGCACAGGAGCAGAGACGAGACGAGCUCGGUCAACUGCCACGUAUCGUAGUAUUGAAAAGGGAAAUUGAAAAAUCUCUGGCUUUACCUAUUCCUGGAUUCUGGAACCUUGCGGAAUGCGCUUCAGUUCUCCUUUCUUCUUCAAGGUUGCGGGAGACACAGUGUCCGAGUGAUGAGGAAAUAUACACCAUGUUCGCGAAUGGUAAUUCGCCUUCGGAUUUGUUAGAACAGAGGAACAAAUCUAUCUACGCCGUCCUGAACAAUUUACGCUCGCGCGUUUCUAGCGCCAAUGAUUUCCUGCUCAUCAACGAGGCGAAGCCUCUGACAUCUACUUUUAUGGAUAUCUGCAGAGAAGAACAUCUACGAAAACUCUUCUAUAUGCAACAGUUCGAGAUACUUACGCGUUUGUCUGAACUGUGGCAAUCUCGCAUAGAUGGUUGUCCCGAGGCGCCUAUUCUUCAAUACCAUUCUACGCAGCAGGGCUCGAAGCGAUUGGAACAUUCAUUUAUUCUCUUGUCUGGAAACCUAGAUAUGACUGCGUCUGACAAAGACAGGACCUUUUUUGACUAUCUUCUGGUUGAAGAUCGAGAUUGUGACGAUUUCGAAUCAGACGCUCAUAUACCUGUUGAAGCGCUAUUUGACGAUCUUGCUGUGUCUGGCUUGGUCUUCCCAUUGAAUCAUUACACGAAAUCGCGGUGGCAGUCACAGAAUACUAUUGUUCAGAAAGAGCUUCUCCUCGCAGACAUACGAGAUAUUUCUGUCGAGGGAUUACGAACAAAAGUCACAAUACAGACCUGGGGAGCCGCGACAUUCAAAUUCUCAGAGGGUUGCACUUACCGUAUAUCUCCUCGCUUGAUUGAUUUCAACAUUAGCAAAAUCCUUAGUGCGCUGUUUGAGCUUGACGUUCAGCAUGAGCUUGAAAAUGCUUCGGUUCCCUACAUCCAGAUCAUACGGAAUCCGAAAUCGUUCAAUCAGGAGACUGUCAGCCCCAAUACGCGGAAGAUGCUCGAGAAGGCGGCCGGCGAUAUGCAGAGCUUAUUCCGCAUGUUGGAUGGUCUGGAUGUAGAAGCUGCAAAGCCCUUGGUACUAAAAGUCUCGCAGAAUCGUGCCGCUCGGCAUAUCUUAUCAAAUCGAUUAUCUGUUAUUUGGGGACCACCAGGGACAGGGAAAACUCACACUAUAGCAUUGUCAUUGCUCAGACUUUUCAGCUUGUAUGCCAGUAAUACGCGUAGUCAGACUGACCUCGAUAUAUUGCCGCCAAAGGUAGUCUUUGUCACUGCCGUAACACACGCAGCUAUCGACGCGGUGCUGAAAAAACUGAAGCAUUUGACUCAAUCCUAUAAAUCUAUCGACUCUCUUCCAACAGAAUGGCUGGACAAAGUUUCCAUCGAGCAUGUCACGAAUGGAAAUGAUCAUGCCGCUCCCUCGGGAUCUACAGCAUUUUCGCUUUACGCAGGGACAAUAUAUCAGGUGAGGUAA